GUGUAAUGUCACCAGAUGACGUUUGUUUGCAGUCCCCCCUAUAUCAUCUCGUCCAGAUGUGAGCCCUGUUUUACAGACAACUCGCCUCCAGAGAAGACUGUCACUUCUUGGAUCUGUACAUCCAGCAAACACAAGAUGAAUACAAAAUUGAUCCUUGCACUGGUCUUUGCUCUUCAGGUCUCAUUGAGCCUGAGUGAGGUCCAUCAACCAAGCCAGGAGCUGGUCGAAAAGUAUGAGGCCAUGAAAGCAACUUUUUACAAGAGGCUGCUCAAUGCUUAUGGCAGGCUCCACGGUGCUGUUGGCAACGAUGAUCAAGCACAGUCCGCCAGGGAUUUGAUCGAGUCUCUGAAAGAAAAGCCUGAAGUGCAAGCAGCUGUCAAAGUUGGAAGUGGUCUGGGCUUAGAAGCAGCACCAAUGGUGGACAGUGCCCGGGCAUCGCUGCUUGGUUUGUACGAACAUUAUCUUCGCCCCCAUGUUGGAGAGAGCCUGAGCAAUGCCAUCGAUCAUAUCAAGGUCUUCUUGGAUCAACAUCUGCCUGCUGAGUAAAACAAUAACAGUAAUAAAGAAUAAAAAAGGUCCAGCUGAUGGGAAAACACUUGUUGGAAGCAUGUAGUAGGUAAUAGCUAAUAGAAUCCACACCAGUUUAGAUUUAGAGGAGAAAUACCCGAUGCAAACAAGAUUACUUUGCCUGUUUCUAAAUCAUUGUCUUUGCCAGAUCAUGCAGAGUUACUAGCAUGGAAACAUUGUCAACACCAUGUGCUUAAGUUCUGCAUGUACAGUAUUAUAUGUUUGAUACACUAACAGAAGUCUCCAUGUGACAGAGUACGUACAGAAUGUGUGUGUAUGUAUGUGCGUUCAAUAAAAUGAACUGAAAACUAUCCAUUUUUGUCCACAAAACACUUUAUUAAAGAUUCAAUUCUAAA